AUGGUGGACUCAUCCUCGGAUGUGGACCACACGGAAAUCGUGUGCCACAGCUGGGCCGAAAUCGAGGCCUCCGGAAACUGGUACGAUCGCCGCUACGUGUCGUGGAUUCCGCCCUUUUCCCACUCGACAGUGCAGAUUGUGUUGAUGUCCUUUGUCAUAUUCUUGACGCCAGGCUGUUUCAACGCCAUCACGGGUAUCGGCAAUUCCGGAAUCAGCGACCCGACCGUGGCAGAUAAUGCCAACGUGGCUUUAUACUCGACUUUCGCCACCGUGGGUGCUAUUGGAGGUGUUGUGUGUAACACCAUAGGCGUACGCGCAUGUCUUGUUUUUGGCGGCACGGGCUACAUCAUGUACACGCUUUCACUCUUGGUGUACCACUACAAGGAGAACGCAGGAUUCUGUAUUUUCGCCGGGGCCUAUUUAGGUGUCUCUGCCUCGUUCACGUGGGCGGCGCAGGGCUCCAUCAUCAUGUCGUACGCGUUGGAAAACAAGAAGGCUCAUGCCAUUAUGAUCUUCUGGGUCAUCUUCAACUUUGGUGCUGUGAUCGGCUCCAUCAUUCCUUUGGUCCAAAACUUGGAGAGUGGCGAGUCGAACGUCAACGCCGGCACUUAUGUGGCUUUUCUUGUUUUGAUGGGCUGCGGUGUCCUUUUGGCUUGUUUCUUGCUCCCCAUGGAUAAGGUUUACAAACCCGACGGCUCAAAAGUCAUUGCCAAGAAACACCCGCGACUCCGUGAUGAGAUCCGCGGCAUGAUCAAGGUUUUGGUCCACGAGCCCAAAAUCUACUUCAUGUUCCCCAUGUUCUGUGCGCUGAACUUCUUCUACACGUACCAGUUCAACGAAUUCAACGCGGUGCGGUUCAAUGUCAGGACUCGCUCCUUGAACUCACUCCUCUACUGGUUCUCGCAGAUGGUGGGUGCCAUAGUCUUGGGCUUAAUGAUGGACUCUCCCCGGUUCUCCAGACCCACACGUGCUCGGAUCGGGUACGCAGUUUUGACUGUCACAUCCUUGGCCAUUUGGGGCGGUGGCUUGAAGUUCCAGAUCGGUGUCACAAGAGAGACCGACGUGGUUUUGAUCGAUUUCAAGGACGGCCUGUACAUUGGACCCAUGUUCUUGUACAUGUUCUACGGCGCCUACGACGCCGUGUUUCAGUCGUUCAUCUUUUGGGUUUUGGGCACUUUCUCCAAUAACCCGAAGAAGGUGGCGUUGUACGCAUCUUUUUACAAGUCUUUGCAGAGUGCCUUCUCCGCCAUUGCUUGGCGGCUUGAUGCCAUUGGCGUGCCCUACAUGUCUAUGUUCGCUGCCUCCUGGGGGUUAGUGCAAGGCUCUCUUUUGAUUGCUGCUCCAUUGGUCUUGUUUAUGAUAACAGAGACCACAGACCCCGAUAAGGACGGGAUUGACGAAAUCAUGGAAGCUUCCGAGUUGCGGUCUGUCACCUCACACCCGCAGAAAGUCUAG